CUGACACGGUAGAAGUUACAUGCUCCUAUAUCUUCUUCCUUCUUGUCAAAGACAAUAAAUUUUGUCAUGGCAGUCUCUAACUUCUGACACAAGUUGACCAUUUCUCCUACACAUUGAUUUGAGCAGGUGUGGGCACUCCUUCUUUUGACCUAAACCUCAUAAACCCUCGUCAUCUCCCUCCCUUCUCCAUCUCUACUGCUGACGUGUUUCAAAUUUAGAGAUUGAAAGCUUUUCCACAGUUGACGAAAAACAGUAUGGCGAGCUCCCAGUUCCCAGACGAUUUCCGGUGCCCGAUUUCACUUGAGAUCAUGACCGACCCGGUUAUUCUCUCAUCGGGUCACACCUUUGACCGCCCCUCCAUUCAACGGUGGCUAGACGCCGGUCACCGGUCUUGCCCGAUCACCAAUUUACCCAUUUCCGACCCUCCCUCCCUCAUACCCAAUCACGCUCUCCGCUGCCUCAUUUCUAAGUUUACCCAUGUCUCCUUGCCCAUACCCGAGACCAUUCCCGAUCCGCAGGCCCUAAUCCAGAUCCUGAUUUCCAAAUCCACUCCGUUGGGAUCCAAGCUCAGCUCGAUCGACCAGUUGACCAAGCUCUGCAAGCGUGACUCGGCGAUUCGCCGUCGGCUGACCGAGUCCGGCGUGGUCUCUGCUGUGUUGAACUGCGUGGACGCAGACGGAGACUCCGGAUUGCAGGAGAGCGCCCUCCACUUGCUUCUCAACUUGAGCCUGGACGAUGACUGUAAGGUCGGGUUGGUCGCGGAAGGCGUGGUCGGGAAAGUCGUCGCGGCACUCCGCGGCGGUGCCGGUGACUCCCGGGCAGUCGCGGCUACCGUUUUGACGAGCCUCACGGUUGUGGAGGUCAACAAGGCGACGAUAGGAGCUUACCCUGAUGCAAUUGAAAGCCUCGUUUGGCUUCUAUGGUACGGAAGUUCAAGGGAGAAGAAAGAGGCGGCGACUGCUUUAUACUCACUCUGUUCAUUCCCAGAUAAUCGUCUCCGGGCAGUUGAAAGUCAGGCCGUCCCGAUUCUCAUACAGAAUUCCAGCUCGGGCCUUGAACGGGCCGUUGAAGUUUUAGGGUUACUAGCUAAAUGCAAAGAAGGGAGACAAGAAAUAAUGAAAUAUGGGUGUUUCUUAGACACAUUGUUGGAUUUCAUAAGAAAUGGAUCUUCCAGAGGCGUCCAAUACGCCCUCUUGACUAUGACAAUGUUAUGCAAUUCCAGUGAACGUAUGUGCACAGAGGCCAUUAUAAAGGGAGCUUUUGAGGCCUGUUUUGAACUGUUGGAGGAUGAGAAUGAGAAGGUGAGAAAGAAUGCCAAUACUCUGAUUCUGGUUUUGCAAGGGAAAAAGGGAGUCUUUAGUAGAAAUGGAAGGUAUUGACACUGCCAUUUCACGAUGAUCCCGGAUCGUGGAGGUAAGUUCGGUUUUUUUGCCCCUUUUGUACAAAAAGAUGGGAAUUUGGGGGAGAAAUCUUGUUCUUCUGUUGUAUACUAUGUAUUUAUUUACCAAUAAAAGUUUAUAUGUGAAGGCCUACUGCUUUCCCUGUCUAUCUGCCGUGUUUAGUGAAGAUUCAAUUCAAAGCCAAUCCUCCAUUACUCUUUUUGAAUUCCACUCAUGUCAUCAGUGUUCAUAAUGGGUAGACUUCCUACGUUUGAGGAAGUGAGAAGGAAAUUACACUGUAGAGUGGAAAGAACAAGAAGAUGAUGAAGCAAUGAAGCAUUGUAAGGGAUUCGGUGAUUUAGGGCUUGUUGCAUAAAUGUUAGUUGUUGUUUGGCGAAAAUGGACAAAACUGUUAAAUAGUUUGAAAUUAAAAUUGUUCUGUAACAUCCAUUGUAGUUCUAGCCUAACAGGAAGGUCUAAACCUCUACUAUUCAGUUGAUAAGCAAAAGAAGCGGAUUUGUAUGUUUAACAUUAAUGCUCAUUUCAUAUUACAAAAGGUGCAGACUUUACUCACUCAAGCGGCUCAACAUAGUCAUUAUUCCUUGUAAGUGGACAUGUUGGGUUACAAUGUUGUCUUUCUCACAUUCAUUGUAAUUUGCAAUUUAUGGAGCACACUGCUUCUUUUGGCUAUUGGUAACAAAUAGCGUAUAGGCCAAAAAGUGCCAAAGUGUUUCUUGUUUGCAUACUAUAAUUCCUUAUUAUUGUUACAGGAUUCAUUCAGCACGCUUUCUUACCAUUUUGUCCUGAUUUUGAAGUUCACGUGACUCGUCUUUAUCAAUCCUCCAAAUUAAUUAUCAAGCAAGUUGUGGAAAUAGCAGUAGAGAAUAUGGAUCCGGUGUUGGCGUCUUGCCUUCCGAUAGCAGGGUGCACGGUUUUUAUCAACCUUCCGAUAAAAAGUCAAUGGUAGUAGACCACACAAACUUUACUAAAUUUGAUACAACACAAUCUUAAAGAGAUGAACAGAAAAUUAAAGAUAAGACCAUUUUAGUGGGACACAAGGAGUCCUAGUUAUACAUAUGUAAUACUUUGGGUAUAUACGUAGUACUAGUAGAUUCAUUGUUCCGAUGUGAUUCCACCCGACACGAUUCUACCUUAAAAUAUGAUUUGAUUCCGCC